UCGAAGUCCAAGGCAUCUACCAAAUUGAGAGAGGGACAGAGCAGCUAAAUAUGGAGGAGGACCUUAACCGGACCGAGGCAGAGGCCGGGAGAACGAGGGCAGAAGCUAGCGGCAUGAGAGAGGAACUAACAGAAAUGGAAGCUGCUGCUCAAGACAUGCAAAAUGAACUUGAAUUGGAAAGGUUAACACUCGAUGGACUCAUUGCCGAUUUGGUGCUCAUGCAACAAGCAGAACAGGCUCUCCUGGAGAUUCUGUUCCCACAAAACUAAAACCAUGAGUUUCAAAAAAUGUUUGGUUCCUCCCUUUGCAUCUUAUUAAUUUCUCAGACGAUAAAAUUAUCUGGAAUAGUCAUUCUAUUGAACCAAAACAGUCUUAUUGUUAUGAUUAUGUUAAAAAUGAAAUUGUUCCUUUUGA